AUGUCGUGGGAAAAUCCAAAACGCACAUUGAUUGAGGAAGCAAUUGUGGCUCCUUUUUCAGACCUCCUGUUCUGCAGAGUCGUGCUGAAGUGGCUUGGCCACGCAGGUCUUUUGAGGAGAGCCAGGAGCUGGCGAUGGUUUGGAGCUCGCAUAGUGAGCACUUCGACCGGUGUAGCUUUUCCCGCAGCUGGUUCUGGCAUCUUCGAAGGCGACGCGUGUUGCUUUGUGGAACUGUCUGACUGGGAGGGACACUCUUGUCGACAGAGCUUGGAGAAGAUCAUUGACCCUCCCAAGACAAUCGGUUUCGUUGAGAUCGGCGAAGGAUCUGGAGUUUGGUCUCCUCAACAUGGCCAGACGGGGCCUGAGAGCCUCCUUGCGUGA